AUGGCUGGCCAUGAUCUCACUGCUGCCAUUGAGCUGUGUGCUCGCGAGCUCCGACAGGCUGGAGACGAAUUAUACUGGAGAUACAAACUGCUGGAAAUACUGAUCAAGAACUACAAGACUGUCUCUAAAGUAAGAUGAGACGUCCGACCGCAUCGAAAUGGAUCGGAUCUUGUGAACCUGGAAGGCGGUGAGCCAAAGCAGAAGAGUCUUGGAUACAGACUCAUCCCUGAUUGGAAAAUGGUGGCUCUCAAGUGGGAUGUAAAUACAUGAGCUCGUGGAAACACCUUGCUGGAGUCACUAGAUGUCAACCGGCAGUGGACUUGAUUUAACACCGGAGCUCUACGCAGAAACAAACAUGGCGGAUGGUGUUGACCCACUGAUUCAGACCUGUGGCUGACUGGACGAAAGAGGAACGUCAGUACAGAAGUUGUUGUCUGCUCCAGAUGCUGAUCGUCACAUGUACAUACUGUAUGUGGACAUUUAUGCAUAUUGUACUCUGUUGGAAGGCUGUCACAUUCAUGUUAACUGAAGAUUUGGAGGUAAUGUGGUGCUGUGCUUAUGGAUACGCUCAAAACUCUUAAAAAAAUGUUUGCUUGAUGGGAGCAUUUAAUGGGUUGCUAAUAAAGGAUGCAUAUUCAGCCAACUUAA